AUGUACCGCAAAAAUAUUUCUCAUAAAUCUCUCAAUCAAUGCAUCAAAGCUGAAAAUUCAACUUCAGCAUCAGAAAUAAGUUACAACGAAAAAUGUGUAAGAAAAUCUUCUGCUAGCAUAACCACCGCAGCGCCAUCAGCCAACUGCGUGCAAAUACUAUGCAAUAUUGUUUGUAUUCAUGAGCAAAGUGCUCAACUCGAGAAAAGUAUAGAAAAUGCGUUUUCAGCUAAUAAUAAAGCCUGUCCAGUUAUCGACUAUCUACGCCUUUAUUAUAUUGAAUUCCCGAAACAAGAAAUAUCCCAUGGCUUCCUCGGCAAAUAUUCCAAUCAAGUGCGCUACCUUUAUAUCGGUUCAUCAAAUGUGGCCGCCAUUGGUUCGGCCGCCUUUGGUGAAGGCAUUUUCGAGAAGAUCAUCUUGGAGAAUCUACAAUUGGUUGAACUGCAUAAAAAUAUCUUCGAAAAUCUUACCAACACCUUUGAGUCACUUGCCGUAAUUCAACGUAAUAAGCCAAUAAAUUCUAUUCGUGAUGAUUUUCUGGAUCAUGUGGUACAUCAAAUUAAAAACUUAACACUGCAAGUUGGCUUACCGAAAAUAACCAACGCAGCAGUCUUGAGUGGUCUACUGCAAAAUUUGUCAUACGUCAAUUUGAGCUAUAAUAAUUUUACCAAUACAUUCAACGAUGGGACUUUCAAAAAGAUGUCGAAUGUAAAAUCUUUGGAUUUGUCAUAUUCGAAUAUACAAUUUUUACCUGACUAUAUAUUUUCGCAUUUCUCGAGUUCACUUAGACAUCUAAAUUUGUCCAACAAUCAGCUGCUCACAAUAAAUAAUUUGGUGUUCGGUAGAUAUACAAUUCACAUUGACUUAGUUAUCGAUGCUCAUAGCAAUCCAUGGAAUUGUUCGUGUGAACUGCGUGCGGAAAUGGUCAUAAUUUUCAGAUACCAAGACAAUUACCCAACUUGUGAGACACCCAACGAGUAUGCGGGCUUGUCGGUAUUGGAUGAGGGUUUGUGUGCCGGUGAAUUCAACACGACCGUUGGGAAUAGUAUGUCAACCAGAUUGACAACAGAGUAUACAACGCCAACGUCAGUUGACGCUCUUAAUUUGCUGAACUCAACUACAACGUCCAGCAACGCACUUAUUGAGCCAACCACCAGCGAUAUUAUGAGUACAAUGCUGCUUCAGUGCCUAUCGUACGCCAAUGAGACAACAGCUGAAUGGCAAAGUGCCCUGCAGCCCGUCUCACAAAUGAGUAUUACGGCAUUACCCAACCUGCAAGUAGAAGUAAUUUUGGAAAGCAACAACUCGGGGGUGUCCUAUGGCUUGGUGUGGGAUUUCUACAGCAUGACUGUUAACUAUAAUCAAUAUGGACUCGGUUGUACUGGAUCAAUUAACUAUACCACUAUUAUCGAAGAUCUUUUACCAGAUACCGCGUAUACAUUUUGUUUGGUUCGAAAAGACCAAUUAACGAUUUCACCAUUCUGCUGCGAGUCCGUGCACUUGCACUCUAAUCUGAGCGUCAGCUAUAAUGCUUGGCUGACAAAUGAUAUGCGUUCCACAGGCAUAUCUUUGAUUAUAGUAGGCGUGGUCCUCUGUUGCUUCGUAGGCAUUUCCGGGGUAUGCAUGUUGAUAAAAAACCAGCCAACACUACUAAAAGGCAGUAAGCGUGUACAGCCUACCAGCAACAAUGCGCAGGAUAUAGUGAUAUUUCCCAAGAAACGCUCGCUAGCAGAUUUAAAGAUAAAGGAACAAACGCUGGCAAAACGCAACUCACAAAGCUCAAGCGACAUCUCCAUCACCAGUCACACAAUGCGUCGAGGAUCCGUGUUUAGUGUUGAAAGUAGUGAAAGUUAUGCGAAUGCCAAUUUGUACGAAGUCAUACCUGCUUACCUUCGUUUGCAAGAUAUCGAGGGUGACUAUGAAAAGAAGUCUUUGGAAUUCGCCUCCAUUGACAGUUAUAUGCCAACGUUGGCGACCGAAUACAAAUGCCGUGACACAAGUUUGGUCAGAUACGUCGAAAUACCAGCACGGAUAAAACGAGUUUCCAGCGAUCCACUGCCGGCAGUGCCCUACAAACAGGAAACGGCUACACUCGCACCAGCUGAGAAGGCAUCUUUAGCAUUGCAAGAAAGUAUACCCGCUAUCCAGGUGACUGAUACAGAUGGUGAGAAUAAGGUGAAUUCGUAUAGCGAAUAAGGUGAAUUCGAAUAGCGAAUAAGGUGA